GGCAGGUUUGGAUGGCGAGGCAUGCAUGUUAAGGGCUGUGUGUGAAGUAGGUGAAUCCCCCUUGGAAGAAUAUGGAAUGUUUGGGGAAUUCCUUAACCUUAUAUUCACGCCAGGUUUCGGGGCGGAUGGCAACCACCACGACUUCAUCGAGGCGGAAGACUACGGCAGGAGCUACGGCAACUGCUGGUCUGCCUUUCCUGACUGCCCAAUGUCGAUGAGGGAAAUGCUUCACGAGUUCUUCCUAAAUAACGCAGAUAUCCCUACAAAGAAAAAAUAGUUUUACGGUUUCUUUGAUUUGUAUCACGCCGUUCCAUGUAUAUUUUACAGGGGGGACACUUCAA